AUGACAGCUUUCAGUUGUAUCAGCUUCCUCAUUUUACUGCUUUUCAUCCAUCUUCAUCUCUUCCCGGGAACCGACGCCGCCGGCGAGACCUACAUUGGUUGCUACGGAUUCAUCGUGCACACGGAUGCAACGGUUGUUCGAAAUGUCAAGUCUUACCAGCAUUGCAAAGAUUUCUGCAUGGAAAAAACUUUGGCCUACAUUGCUCUGCAUAACGGAAAUGAAUGUUACUGCGUCGAACGUGCCAAGUAUCCCAUUGCUUCAUCCCAGUGCUCCAUGAAAUGUCCGGACAGAAAACACCAAUGUGGAAGCAGGCUCUACUAUUCUCUAUAUGCCAUCAAGACUCUGAAAGAUUUCGAACACUCCUUGAUUGAUAUCUUCUCAUUACUUCCUGUCAAAAGUACAAAAAUCGAGGCGAAAGAUUUUCUAACGACUGAGAUAUGCUUAACUAUGUGCCUGGAACUGAAGACCGAUAUAGCUCAGAUUACCAGUAAGGUUCGAUUUAAGCCGUUUGAAAACAAUAGCAGAUACUCUGAAGAUGAGUGUUUGAAUUUUUUAGUAGGUAUUGUGUGGUUGACGCAGUGGCAUUUGAUGCAGUAUGAUAGUUAUAGAGUUCAUUCUGAUCUGGAGUUCUAUUUUUCGAGAUUGGUUCGACACGACAGUUUUGAAAGAGAUGCUUUCGAAUGUUACUGUAGUUUACGUGUGGACCAAGUACCAGACUCUAAAAACGGAUUUUUUAAUGAAUCUGAGCCACAAAUCGAGAUACAGACGGGUAGCUUCGUCAUCAGCCAUUGCAGUUCUGGGGAUGUACUCAGUCCAAACUUUAGAUGCAGCGGUGGUUGUAAGACUGGGUGGACAGGGGGCUCGUGCAACGUAAGAGAGUGCAGUAAAAGCAAUGGUGACUGUGGAGUUGGUCUAGAUUGUAAAGAAACAACAGUGAAUGGUGUAAAAUAUUCGGAAUGCGUCUGCAAUCAAGGCCAAUACAGAAACAAGCUCUGGACUUGUGAGGUCGAUCGCAUCAAAGGGAUGAGAGUUAGACUGAACAAAACACUGGACUCAGUAACUGAAAAAAUGCUAGACAGUCUCGAGCCCUGCGGCGUUUUACCGAAAAUUGAAGGACAUUACUUUGAGGAUGACGUCAGUGGCGGCGUCGCCCAAACAAACGAUACGCUCUUGAAGGUUUUGAUCGUCGCUGUGUCAUUCCUUCUGUUCCUCUUACUGUCCAUUGGAUCCACAGUGGCUUUCGUAAGGAUGAAACAUCCAGAAUUCUACGAGCAUAAAGUCCAACAAGUGAAAAAUUUGAAAGCAAAAGUUGGCAGCAAACUGUCAAAAUCACCGAAGGUAUCACUAAAAGAAGAAGCCGAGCCAAAGGAAUCCAGAGAGGAAAAAGUUGCCAAAUCUAAAGAUGAUAAAAAGGCUGGAGUGGCAAAAAAUGUCAAAGCGCAAGGCGGAAAGACAGAUGCACAGGUUAAAGUCGCCAAAGUAGCACCUCCACCGGCUAAAGUCGCGAAAGCAACAGCUGCAUCGGCUAAAGUCGCGAAAGCUACUUCAAAAGCUUCUGCAGCAGCUCCAGCAGCAGCAGUACCUCCUGCUAAGUCAGUUGCUGAAGAAAGUGAUGAUGAAGAUGACGACGACGACGACGACGAUUGA